GCAGUAGCACCACAGUAGCACGCUGCUUUUCGAGCAGUUCACAUCUCACGCUUCAUAUCUAAACAAAAAAAAAAAAUACUCAAGUUUCAACUCUUCAUAAAUAAACUACAAGUAUUGGUUUUACAAAAGAGAAGAUUGUCUGGAAAAUAUAACUCUGUGUUAUACUUUCAACGAGAAUAUUUCAACAUCAUAACAUUGUAUAUAUAAGAAAUAUGCACAAGUUCCUCGAAAAAGAAUUCAUCAAGUACUCGUUGAAAAAAAGAUAAUGUAAUUUUUUUUCUUCUUCUUUUGAUAAAAUUUUUGAGUAAACAAAAAAAAAUGAGUUUUAAAAAAUUAACGAAAUUAAGGAAACCUAAAAUCCCUCCUACAUUAAAUAUCCAGGAACCCAUUGAGGACGAAGAACUGAAACUCAAGACUGAUAGAAAAUUAAAAAAUGAAUAUCUUCUAUAUGAGGCUGUGAUAAAAAAUGAAGCGGACUCUGUUCGCAAAGUGCUCAAAGAGACUGUCGACGUAGAUACCAGAAACAAUUAUGGUCGUGCCCCCAUUCAUUUGGCAGCAUCGAAAGGAAACACAGAAAUUAUUGAAAUGCUGAUGCAGUACAAAUGUGAUAUUGAAGUAAUAGAUAAGAAUGGAAUGCGACCACUACACAUGGCUGCAUGGCAUGGUCAUCGGGAAGCUGUGAAAAUGCUGAUAAAUGCUGGAGCAAAUAUAUCGGCAGUAAAUAAGAAAGAAUGUACUCUUCUUAUGUGUGGUGCCCGAGGUGGAAGUGCAGGUGUUGUAAACUAUCUCGCCGAAGCUUUAGAGUCAUUAAAUGGGGACGCGACUGAUUGCACAGGAGCAACUGCAAUUCAUCACGCGGCCAAUGCUGGCCAUCCUUCUACAAUAACAGCCCUCUCAAAUAUUCCCGGAAUAAAAUUGGAAGCAAAGGACAAGAAUGGACAAAGUGCUUUGCACUGUGCGUGCUCAGGGGGCCAUUUCGAAGCCGUGGAAGUAUUGAUAGGACUUGGUGCUUACGUGGAUGCUCAAGAUAAUGAGGGAAACACACCUUUGCACGUGACUACGAGAAACAGAGAUACAGAGAUAGCUCAACUUCUUUUAAAAGUUGGCGCAAACACUGAACUCACUGACGAGAGAGGAGUUACUCCGCUUCAUGUAGCUGCUAGCCAAGGAGUCAAGGGAAUACUCGAAUCGAUUAUUCAACACGGAGGUUUGCUCAACAAGCAGUGCAAGAAUGGUAAUACACCACUACAUUUGGCCUGCGAAAGUAAUCAAGUUGAUACCGUCGAAAUUCUUAUUAAUAAAGGUGCUGAUUUAAACAGUCUUAAUUCGAGAUUACAAUCUCCAAUACACAUAGCAGCCGAAAUGGGACACAUGGAAAUUUGCAAACUCUUAUUAAAAGCAGGUGCAAAUAUUCAACAACGCGAGAAGAGUGGAAAAACACCUCUUUACAUCGCUGCUCGUGGUAGUUUUACAGCAAUCGUUGAUAUGAUCAUCAAGACAGCAAGAUUGGAUUAUCCAACUCCGGAAGAUACAAAUUCUGAUAAAGAAUUAACGCCAGCGAGAAGACGUUGGAGAGAGGAUACAAGAGGAAGCAUGUCCAAUAAUAAUGGCAGCUUACCUGAUCAUAUAAGAUCCGCUCUUUGGAAAUUGGCCUAUAAACAAUUAGAUUCCGGAGAUUGGAAAAAACUAGCUCUCCAUUGGGCCUUCAAUCACGACCAAAUCGAUGCAAUUGAACAUCAAUAUACAGAUGCGCUCGUAGGUCCUUCGAGUUACAAGGAGCAUGGAUACCGGAUGCUGUUAAUCUGGGUUUCCGGCCUUAAUCCCGAGGUCAAUAUCAUGAAAGAACUACUUGAAGCUCUAUGUGCAAUUGGCAGGAAGACAGCCGCUGAAUCCAUCCGCAAACAUCAGGACAAAGCAUUCGAGGAAAAGUCAAAAUCGAGCAAACAACAUUGUCAUAGAUGUACAAUAACGUAAAUAUGAAUUUCAAUUGAAAAAGAUACAUUGGUUGUUCAAAACAAAAAAAAACAAAAAAGUGAAUCUCGUUUCUUUUAUGUAUUAUUUUUUCCAUUUAAAAAAAAAAUUGAUAAAAAAACAACAGACUUCUCUAUAACGUUAUGAAAUGAAAAAUUCAAUAAAAGAUAAAAUUUCAUAAAAGUGCGAAUAUUUUUCAGAAUAUAUUCGAAACAUUGAAAUUGGAUGUGUAUUGUAUAUGUACGCUUAUACAUUUAGCUAUUUCUUUUAUGUUAAACAAUCGUAUAUACCUAUUUAUUAAUUUACUUUAUGUAAAAUUUAAAAUUAUAAAAUUAAUUUCUUUUUUCAACAAAAUUUUACACUUUAACCUACUGGAAUUUUUUUCUUCGUAACUUUAUUACAAUAACUUUUUUUUUAUAAUGGAAAACGGUUCAAUUCUCAAUGUGCAUUGAAAAAAUAAAUUAAAAAAAAAAAUUUAUAAAAAGCUGCUUGAAAAAUCCAUGACAUAUUUAUAGAGAGAAUAUAAUAUAAUAUAUAUGAAACUCUACGCCAGUAAAAAAAUCGCUUUUUAGCUCGAUUGUUUCUAAAAUGUGAAAAAAAACUAACAAUCAAUGUUCCAAAAAAAGCAAGUAAACAAUUUGAAAAUGAAAAAAUAACUAGUUAUUAUAUUAAUGAAAUUUUUGAACUCAAUGUCUUUUUCGAAUAAACAAAAAAAGGUCCAAAAUUGUAAAUAUGUAUGCUUUUGGUGUACCGUAUAUAUAAUAAAUUUACUUCUUUACUGAA